AUGACAACAGCAAAUGAAUCCAGACAAGACUCUACUGAUCAUCAUCAAAAUUACAUAAAUCAUUCUGAACUAGUUAAUUCUUCGCCAUCCACUCCGUCAUCGUUCUCAUGUUCAUCAUCGCCGUGCACAUCAACAACAACAACACCGCCAAACAAACAUAUGCAGAGAGACAAUGAAGUCGACUCUGGUCGAUCAUCGGAUUUAGACGAAACAGACGCAACAACAACAUUCAAACAAGUUAAGAAUGAAUCUGAAUUAAAACAACAAAAACAAGAUGAUUUAAAUUCGGAUAUUCUUCAAAAAAUUAAUAAAGGUUUAUCAUUAGGUUAUGAAUAUGAUUUGAUUCAACAUGUUAUUAAACAAAAUGAUAAAGAUAUGGAUAUGUCAAAAUUUUUAGAAGAAUUAGUACGAACAGCCGAUUCAUCAUUGAACAAUAAUUCAUACACAAUGAAAAACAAUAGUAAUAGUGCAAACUCGAAUCAAAAUAGUAAUACAAUUAAUAACAACUAUAUGAAUGGAACAAUUUUCAUGAAUAUGAAAUCCAACGGUGGAUUUGAUAGUUGUCAUGAAAAUAUUAUCCUACAAGCGAUCGGGACUCAAAACAUAAAUAACAACAAUAUUAAUCAUAGUAUUAAUAAUAGUACUCAACAACAUAUUGUACCGCACGAUGUUUAUGUGGUAGAUGGAGCCGACAUUGCAUGCAAUUAUGGAAAUGGCAUAUUUUCUUGGAAGGGUAUUGAAAUCUGUAUUAAAUAUCUUCAUUCGCAUGGUCACAAAAAAGUUUAUGUUGCAUUACCAUAUCAUUUGAAAAAUCAUCGACAAAAUCUGCAAUUUCUUGAGUCAAAGGCAUUGAGAGAUUUAGAAAAGAAGAAUAUGCUCGUAUAUACAAAUCGAAAUUUUAAACAAACAAAUAAACAUGAAAGUAUUCAACAUAUUAGUGAAAUGUUGAAAUAUGUGCAUAAAUCAAAAGGACAUUUAAUUACAAAUGUUUCAUUGAAAGAAGUUAUACUUGAUUUUACUAUAUACAAACAUAUACUGGAAGAACGAGUUGUAAGAUAUAAGUUUCAACAUGACAACUUUUUACCGUUACUUGUUGCCAUUACAAAUGGCGAAGACGGUGAAUGUGAAGUGCAUUAUCCAUUAUGUCCAUAUGGUAAGAAAUGUACGUACGGAGUGAAAUGCAAAUGGGAACAUCCUGAGCGUCGUAAUCAAAAUUUAGUAUCUGUGACGGAUAGUGUAAUAAUGAAGGCACGUUUAGAAAAAUCAAAAUUAGAUUAUCGUCAACAAUCAGCACAAUCAUUCAUACAAUCUCCUCUAGUCGAUACUUUAAUAGCAUCAGCACCAAUGCCGUUGGUCAAUAAAGACGGCGUACAACAUGUCCUAGUAAAUAAUGGUUUCAAACCAAAAUUUAAGCCGUAUUCAACAGCACCGAAUACACUGGUACAUAUGCACUCGAAUGAUCGUGAUUCUAACAAUUUUUCACCUGUACCCAUGUUUUCGGCUUAUCGACCCGAUUCUUAUAUAUCACAACAACAGUCUCCAUCACCAACGAUUCCGUUACCAGGUGCCAUGUACAAUUCUAAUCUACAUUCAGCCGGUUACGUAUUGUCACCAUCUAUGGAACAGAGUUUAACUGAUGACGCUCUUGCAUCAUAUGCAAACGGUUUAGAAACCUCUGACAAUGGAAUUAGAACAGAUUUCACUUUUAUCGAUAAACGUACACAACAGUCACCACCAAUAAUAAAUCACCAUCAGAUGCAUAAUAAUGGAGCUAGAUUAUUAAAACAUUCACCAUAUAGUUGGUACGGUACUCCGACAUCAACACUAAAUUGUACCGCAUUUCCGUCUUAUAAUAGUCAUUCAAUGUCAAAUGAAUUUACCUUACAACAACAGAGAAAAGAUCUUUCUAGAACUCUGUAUCGUUCAGAUAGUAUGAUACCGCAACUUGAAAACAUAGUUAAUCAAAAUCCAGGAAUGCUGACAGAUAAUAAUAUUAACAAUUUUCAAAUGUACACCAAAGUACCUUUGCAACCGCCAUUAGUGGUGAACAAUGUACCACAAUUUGAUCAGAAUAUGAUUUGCAUGUUCGCGAGAUUGAAUACAGUUUCGCAACAACAACAACAACAACAACAACAACAACAACAACAACAACAACAACAACAACAACAACCACCACUACCAGCAGUAAAAGAUCCCCAGAAUUCACUAAUAAUGAUGAAUGGUAAUAUAGUGAAUAGCAAUCAACUUAGUGAUAUAGAAAAUUCGUCUACAUGUGCUGUUAAUAGCCAGCAUGCAUUAUCCGAAAAAAUUCAAUCUGUUCGUCAUUUAUGGGGAGGUCAAACAGAUAAUAUGGUCAAUUAUUAA